AAUGGGAAAUGGUACUUGUAAGCAAUAAUAUCCUUCUCUUGCUACAAUUGAUCAUAUUGAUUAAUAGUAACCUCUUCCAAAUUCCUAAUCUUAAAGUCCUUCAAAGCCUACAAUUGAUUCUAUUUAACCAACUAUUACUAAAAUAGUAGACGAAGAACCUAAUAUUAGUUUUGAAGAAGAAAUAGAUCGUUGCUCAAUAUCAAAACUAUCAUAAGUUGAAUCACCUACUAAAGAUAAUUCAAAAAAAAGGUAUUCAUAUGAGGAUUAAUUUUUCCUUGAUUUAUUCCAAAAAGAUAAAUCCUUUUUUAGAAGAUCAUCCUAAGAAUAAACUAUUAGUCCAGUUAAAAUUAUAUCCAAUCAACACUAAAAAAAUAAAACAUCAUUUAUUAUAGAACAUAAAGAACUAAUUAAAUUAAGAUAAGAAUAUGUAGAUGAAAUUUAUAAGUGUAAAUCAAUUCUUAAAUCCAGUUAUUGUUCUGAAAAAUCUUUAUCAAGUAAAUCAAUAAAAAAAGUUAAGUUUGGUUUGAUUUAUAAAUAAAUAUGA